UGCGAGACGGAAAGCGGCUAUUUCAAAGGAUGUUUAUCAACAAGUUUUCAUCUCUAAAAAAAACAAACAUCAAAUAAUAAAUUGAAGUGGAACUGUUGGCCUGUUAUUUAAUAGACCUUAUUUAUAUCAAAAAUUAUACAACAGAAAUAUGGUUAGGUUGAGGUUGUGACAUUUUGCUACACACCGGGGGCUUUUUAAUUAACAGCUGCAAAAGCCAUUUUUUUGUUAUCAUCAUUUCUAAAAAUGGAUACAGUUUCCUCAAUCAGCACAUCUUCAGAAGGAGAUUCAAUCAAAAUAUUUCUAAGAGUUCGACCUCCUGAUCCAAGCAUCAGUGAGAAUGACUUUGCACCACGAGUUCUGGAUGUUAACACUGCAGACAAUGCCAUUAUCCUUCGCACAAAGCCAGAGCCCAAAAUUUUCACCUACGACAAUGUAGCAGAUGCUGACAUCACACAGGAAGCUGUGUUUUCCAUAGUGGGUAAAAAGAUUAUUGAAAGUUGUGUCACUGGCUACAAUGGUACCAUAUUUGCUUAUGGUCAGACUGGCUCAGGAAAAACUUUUACUAUGCUUGGUCCCUCUGAAAACUCGGAAAGCUUUCAGCAUGAGCUUCGUGGUGUGAUUCCCAGAAGUUUUGAGUAUCUCUUUAGUCUUAUAGCUCACCAACAAGAAUUGCAUGGCAGUAAAAAACAGUUUUUGUGUCGCUGCUCCUUUUUAGAAAUCUAUCAAGAGCAAAUCUUUGAUCUUUUGGAUACAGCUUCACAAGGUCUUCACUUACGAGAGAAUAUGAACAAAGGUGUCUUUGUAGAUGGACUCAUUGAGCAAGUUAUCUGUAACCCAAGUGAUGCUUAUCAGGUACUAAUCAUGGGUUGGUUGAAUCGUAGAGUAGCUGCUACUUCCAUGAACAGAGAGAGUUCGCGCUCACAUGCUGUUUUUACUGUUAUGAUAGAGUCAAAGGAGGAUGUAGGUGGUGUACAAAACAUUCGUACAUCACAGCUAAACCUAGUUGAUCUGGCAGGGUCAGAGAGACAGAAAGAUACCAACACUGGAGGCACUCGUCUCAAAGAAGCUGGAAGCAUCAACAAGUCCCUCUCUGUCUUAGGGAAUGUCAUCAUGUCUCUAGUAGAUCUGAGCCAUGGGAAAAAACGUCACAUCCCUUACAGAGACUCCAAAUUAACAUUUUUGUUGAGGGAUUCACUUGGUGGAAAUACCAAGACAAGAAUGAUAGCUUGUGUUCAUCCAGAUUCCAGAUGCUUUGGAGAAACAUUAUCCACAUUAAACUUUGCCAGAAGUGCCAAAUUAAUAAAAAAUAAGGCUGUUGUAAAUGAAGACAUUCAUGGCAAUAAUCAAAAACUUCAAAAUGAAAUCCGGCGAUUGAAAGAGCUUCUGGAGUCUAUGCAGAAUUCACCUGGGCCAGAGAUAAGACCGAAUGUUGUUACCCCAUCAGAAAAUUCUUCUUCAUAUAUGGAUGCUGAUUCCAUUUGGAAAAAAAAUUUUCUUGAAGCCAUGUUUUUUAGAGAGCAGUCAGAAAAUGAAAAAAAGACUUUACAAGAUGUAGUGAACCACCUGCAGGAACUGUGUAAUAAAAAAGACAAAUAUAUUCAGUCUACUAAAAUGAUCAUCAAGUUUAGAGAGAAUACUAUCCAGUCUUUGCAGCAAGCCUCCAAAGGUUACAUUGAGAUAGAAAAGGAUACACUUGUGAAAACAUUGAAAGAUGAGAUCAAAGUGUUGAGGCAGCAGCUAGAGAACAAUCCUUUGCUUGCUAAGUAUGCUGGUGAAAAUAAACACUUACGGAGUGAGUUGAAGCAGCUGAGGGCCCGUGAGUCUCUUAGUAACAUUCACAAUGAUGUUUCAAGAAGUGCCCAGUUAGAAAGGGUUUUCAAGGAACUAAAGCUGUACAAAGAAUUAAGUACAGGCAGUCCAUGUGGUGGUAUAAGGGCAUCUCCCUUGAAGGAUGGACUCUCAGCCGCUACUCUGGAGAAACACAGACGAGAGAUUAAGGGUUAUCAAGAACAGGUUGAAAAUCUGAGACAGCAGUUGCAGGAUUUGACGAAAACCUCAGAGAACAGACAGAUGGAAAUGGAGGUAGAACUGGUCUCAUGCCGUAGAAUGAUUGUGGAGCUGGAGAGGGUUCUAGAAGCUCACCAGUUGAAGGCUAGAAUUGAGUGCAAUGCUUUGAAAGACUUGCACUGCCAGACAUUGAAGGUCAUGACCACUCCAAAAAUGUCUGCCAACUCUCCAAACACCCAGGACCAGGCUGUAGGAGAAAUGCUUGAUUCAGAAAUGGGAAUUACAGACUGUAUCCUCCAGAAGGAUUUAGCCGAGGGAGCUCAUGAAGCUCUAAUGGAUGAGAUAAGAAUGCUUCAAAUGGAGAAUGGCAAGUUGAAAGAAAGGAUUGAUGAGUAUGAGGCUGACAUGCUUCGACAGAAACAACAGGUUGAAAAGUUGGAACUUUUUAAUUCUCAGCUGAACAGUGUACUUGACAAAGAAAGGGCAGAGAACAUUGCCAGGAGAAAUGACUACACCAGUGCUGUUAAUACACUCAAGGAGGAAAUUGACACAGUGAAAAAUGACCUCAAAUUACUAAAUGAUGAGAAUACAGAUCUUCACCUUGUGCUCAAGUCUGCUGACAAACAACUGAAAGAAGAAAAAGAAAGUCAGAAAGCCCUGCACCAUGCAUACACUCAGGAAAUACAAAGUCUUGAGACUAAGCUGUCUAAAACCAGUAUAGAUCUAGAGACUACCACCAGAGAUUAUGAGGAAGCACUGAAAGAGCUAGGAGCAUUGAAGGAGGAACUUGAAACCGCACGUGUCACAAUGUCCUUCUUAGAAAACCAUGCCAGUGAAAUUGAAGAGUCUAGAAACAGGGAAAUAAGAAAAAGAGAGAAACUUGAGCAAGAAUUUAGAGCUCUAAAGUCUGCAGGUGAUGCAGUUUGCAGGGAACCUGAUGCUAAUCUUGACCUACGAGUAGCAGAGCUGGAAGCCACAUUGGCUCUUAAAGAAGAACAGGAUAAGACUAUCCAACAGCAAGAAAAACUCAUUGAAGAAAAUAAGGAAAUCAUCAGUAAUUUGAUGAACAAGAUGCAUGAGAUGAAACUGUCUGUGACUGGCCUAGAGGCUAGCAACAUGAACUUGAAGUCUGAGAUAGAAAAUUACAAGAUAGAUGCAGAUGAGGCCAAGAAAGAUUUGGAGAAAACAUCAGCUCAGCUCAUGAACACUUUACAGAAACUCACAGAGCUGAAGCAAAAUUAUGAAACUGCACUACAAAGAAAAGAUUUUCAAAUAUCAAAUCUCCAAGAGGACCAAGACAGUGCCAAUGCUACAAUGUUUAGGCAAGCCGAGAUGUUGACUAGUUUACAAGACCAGUUGCAAACUAAAGAGCUCCUAUGUAAAGAGAAAUCUAUCAUGAUAGAUGAACUCAGGAGUAAGUUGGAAGAAAAAGAUAAAGCUUUACAAGAGACCCUGCAAAGGUUUAAAGAUCAUCUGCGAGAAGUGAACAGCUCUGAUGAAAAUACAGAUGGACUCAAAAAGUUAUUGAAUCAAAAAAAUCUGGAGCUUGAAACAAUGCAUGUUAAUAACAAGAAGCUAAGCUGCAUGCUACAAGAAUAUGAACAAACUCGGAAAGAAAGAAAUGAAGAGAAUGAACAUUUAAAAGUGCAAGUAGCAGAGCUGGAAAGAACUAAAGAAAACCUUGUGAAUAGAAUGCAGGAGGUAGAGGAACUGCAGAUAACUGUCAACACUAUGAGAGCUAACAACAAGGAUCUGGUCAAGUCUCUAGAAAGUUCAUUGAAAGAAAAAGAGCAUGAGGUGAAACAGGAGCAGCAGAGAAACAGAGAGCUGGAUGCCAAAUUAAAGAAUCUACUCCAGGAGAAAGAAAGUAUUGAAGCUCAAUUCAAAGCUUCAAAAUUGGAAGAACAGAACAACAAUGAAGAAAUAGCCAGGCUUCAAAAAAUUCUUGAUAAUCAUUACACAGAGAAGACAGAGUUGAGUUCUAAGAUUGAAAGUCUUCAAGAAGAGAAAACAAAACUCAAAGAUGAACUUGCUGCUCUUAAGGAACUAAAUGCCCAGCUAGUGGAAGAAAGCAAUCGUAUUAUUGGUCACACAAAUACCAACCAGAAGAUCCGGCUGUUUGACAAGAAAAAUCAAGAAUAUAAUGAACUAACAAAGAAAUACAUUGAACUGCAAAAUGAACACCGCAAAGUUCUUCAAGAAUUGAAACCACAGAAUAAAUUACCUAACACACCAUGUGGAAAGACUGGUACCAUCCGUGACAUUACCAAUAUCAACUAAUGAUUGGGGGGGUUUCUGUCUGAUUUAGAGCCUCUGUAAGAAAAAUGUAUUGGCAAUGUAGAAUCAAUGUAAAUAUUUCAUGGGAGACUUGUCCUCCCUUUAGUAUGUCUCAAAUAAUGUGUUGUACAUUAUAGUCAAUGAAUUAAUCUAGUUUUAAUUUUUAAAGCUGGUUUCAGUAUUUAUUUAUAAAAGUUAUUAGUUAUCUGAUGCUAAAUAGAUUUUAUUUGAGAUGUCAACAAUGGCCAUAUUGUGUAUAAUAUCAAACUGAAAUCAUUAUUUUCUACAAAUACGGUUGUGUUCUCUAUUCUCCAGAACUAUAUUAUACUUAAUUAUAGAACUGAACUAAGCUAUUGUAAAUAACUGAUUUGUUUUGGCAGCAUUUGUUUUUAAUAUCCCUAUGUAGUGAUAUUUUUAUUUGCAAGAAAUAUGCAAAUAUUUCUUUGUGGGUAUUUAUGUGUACACAAAUAUUUGUUUUGUAUGCCUUGAAUGUGUACAAAUAUGUUUCUGUACCCUGAUGUGUACGUACACAUAUAUAUGUAAGUGUGCCUUGUAUGUUGUAUCUAAAAGUUGUUUUACAUUUACAAAAGGCAGCUGUUAAUUGAUUCCAUCCCAAUUGCUCAGUAUCACCAUGUUCAAUAGAACAAAAUAUUAUGUAUGUAAUAUACAGAUCAUAAGUUUUUAAUUUUUUUUUUUUUAUAAUAUCAGCAACUGAAUUAAAUAAAAAUAGAAAUGUGUGUGAAUA